UUUUAAUAACAAUGGAAAAUAAUAGAGCAAUAGUCUGUUUUAAAGAAUUGAAGGGAUUCCCAAUAAUUGAAGAAAAUAAUGAAAUCGAAACGAUUGCUUUUUUGGCCGCAGCUGAAGAAAUUGUCCAAAUCAUAGAAACAUUUGGAAGACUGUUUACUCCCGUUACAAGUGACAUGCGCGGCAAUAUUAAGAAGCUAAACAUAAUUUACGAAAAGGAUCCGAAAAAAUUUGGUUUUAUAGAUCGUAUGAUUAAAGUGGAUUUAGAUGGUGGUAGUAAUGGUUCGGUAGAGGCUGUCACAUGGUUAAAGAGAGCACUAAAUUUAAUAUUCAUAUUCUUCAAAAACAUCCUAAAUGAUGCAACAACUUCUGAAAAUUUAAGAGACCAUUUAAAAGAUGCAUACGAAAGAACAUUAAAGCAGCAUCAUGGAAUUAUCGUCAAACAAACUGUAACUUUCAUUUAUCGUUGGGUGCCAAAGCGAUCAGAAUUAUUGGGAUUGGGAAAUUUGCAUGAUGAGAACAUAAAACUCUUAUCGAAUUUUUUGAAAAUAAUGGAAGCAAAUAUUAUCAGAAUCAAUGCAUUAGUAAAUGAUUUCCCAAAAGAAAACUAAUUUUAAAAAACUUUGAAUUAUAAAUAAUAUUUGUAUUUACUGCUAAAAACCAUUUUAGCAGUACUCGAUUGGAAACAAUCGAACUCCGUAAUCCAAUUUUAAAUUUCGUUUUACAGGUAACAUAUAUCAUUAGUUUUUAUAUUAAGGUAUAAGUAUAGGUUUUAUAAUUGUUGUACUUACAUACAUAUAUAUAAUUUUAAUUGAAAUAUUUCCAAACUUAAAUUUCGUUUUAGCACCAUAAAUUUUAAUUAAAAAUAACUUUUUUAGGAGGUUUUUGAUAAAUAGCUUUUAAAUAUAUUCCAAUAAUGG